CUUCCAUCCAUGUUUAUGUUUAUCCACUGAUGAAAGGGAAAGGGUAGUUGGGUGUGUCUUUGUUGCAAUCACAGCUCCUUUGCUUCCUUUUUUUCGCAUUCACGCAAUCAAAUUCAAAUUCGCUGAAACCCUUCAACACAACCAAUGGCUUCUUCUCUCAGUCUCUCCACUCCCCCUCUCUGUCACCCUAGGGUAUGUAAACAUUUCAAAUUGUACAAUGGGUUGCAUAAGUUCUCAUUCAAUGGACAUGGGUCGGAUUUUGCCGUUGUCCGACACAACUCUAAAGUCCCCAAUGCUGCUGGUAGAAUUAGAGCUACAUUGACCUCUGGAGGAGGAGGAGACCUAGGAUCUUAUCUGAAGAGCUCUGGUUUUGUGACCAAUCAUUUCAGAACUGGGGCACAGCUUGAUGUCAUAGCAUUUGGAACACUGAGAGCAGACACAGCAGUGCCAGCAGGCAGUGGUUUUUCUGAUGAUGAAGAUGACCAUGAUUUCGAUAGUCCAACGGAAGGUUUUGCUUCCAUACCGGAGGCCAUUGAAGACAUUAGGAAUGGAAAGAUGGUAGUGGUUGUAGAUGAUGAGGACAGGGAAAAUGAAGGAGACUUGAUAAUGGCGGCGCAGUUGGCAACACCUGAGGCUAUGGCUUUUAUUGUGAAGCAUGGAACUGGGAUAGUUUGUAUAAGCAUGAAGGAGGAAGAUUUAGAGAGAUUGGAUCUUCCUUUGAUGGUGAACAGUCAGUAUAAUGAUGAGAAACUUCGCACAGCGUUCACUGUGACAGUGGAUGCUAAACAUGGUACUACCACAGGGGUGUCAGCUCAUGAUAGGGCAACAACAGUCUUGGCCCUUGCAUCCAAAGAUUCACAACCAAGUGACUUCAACCGCCCAGGCCAUAUUUUCCCACUAAAAUACAGGGAGGGUGGUGUGCUGAAGAGAGCUGGACAUACAGAAGCUUCAGUUGAUCUUGCCAUACUUGCUGGUUUGAAUCCUGUGGCAGUUCUGUGUGAGAUUGUCGAUGAUGAUGGUUCCAUGGCUAGAUUACCUAAGCUUCGCCAGUUUGCAGAGCGAGAAAAUUUAAAAAUUGUAUCUAUUGCUGACUUAAUAAGGUACAGAAGGAAGAGAGAUAAACUAGUAGAGCGUGCUGGUGAUGCACUAAUACCAACAAUGUGGGGGCCAUUUGUAGCUAACUGCUAUAGGUCACUUUUAGAUGGGAUUGAGCACAUUGCAAUGGUUAAGGGUGACAUUGGGGAUGGACAUGAUGUUCUUGUAAGGGUACACUCAGAGUGUCUCACUGGAGACAUAUUUGGCUCUGCCAGAUGUGACUGUGGAAAUCAGCUUGCUCUUGCAAUGCAACAGAUUGAGGCUGCUGGUCGAGGUGUAUUGGUAUAUCUUCGUGGACAUGAAGGAAGGGGCAUUGGCUUGGGCCACAAGCUACGUGCCUAUAACCUACAGGAUGAUGGACGGGACACCGUAGAAGCCAAUGAGGAGUUGGGAUUGCCUGUUGACUCAAGGGAAUAUGGAAUCGGUGCACAGAUUUUGAGGGACUUGGGUGUUCGAUCUAUGAAGCUAAUGACAAACAAUCCAGCAAAAUAUGUUGGGCUCAAAGGUUAUGGCUUGACAAUUUCUGGUAGGAUCCCAUUGGUAUCUCUUAUCACAAAAGAGAACAAGCGAUACUUAGAGACCAAACGUGUGAAAAUGGGUCACGUAUAUGGCUCGGAAUUUAACAGCAAAUUGAACCAUCAAGACACUGGCAAUGGUAAAGCCAACAGUGAUGAUGAUUCUAAUGCUGCUGCUGGCUUAUAAAGGUGCAUUUUUUCUGCCAGAUACACAAUUUUAUGUCACAAACAGCUGAGAGGAAGUGUAGAUUUCGGCACUGCAGAUGGAUUUAUACAAAGAGAAUCUGGAUGCUACUCAUGAUUUAAUUUUUCUAAUUCAUUUGCCUGACUUUUCUUCUGGCAGGCUCUAUAAAUCAGGCUUCCUCAAACAUUUGUCACUCCGAAAUUUUAUCUAGUGCCAUGUUUAAGGUUUGACUUUCUUGCUUUCUUUUCGUGUUCAUGAUAUAUAAAGGUGAUAUUCCAAUUUCCACAUAUAAUGUAGAUAAUUUUUCUAUAA